UUCUUGUCCAUCUUGUCAAUUUUUCCCAACAUCUUUUGUAAUUUAAAAUUUUAAUUUAAAUUGUCUAAUUGUCAGAUUGGUUUUAUUUCUUGUUUAUCUCUAUCAAAAGUAAAAUAAUCUAUCAAGAUGGGGAAUAUGUUUGCCAAUUUAUUUAAGGGUCUCUUUGGUAAGAAAGAGAUGAGAAUAUUAAUGGUGGGUCUGGAUGCCGCUGGUAAAACCACCAUCCUUUACAAGCUUAAACUUGGAGAAAUUGUCACAACCAUCCCUACAAUAGGAUUCAAUGUUGAAACUGUUGAGUAUAAAAAUAUUAGCUUCACUGUUUGGGAUGUUGGUGGACAAGACAAGAUUAGACCACUUUGGAGGCAUUAUUUUCAAAACACACAAGGCCUUAUAUUCGUGGUUGAUUCCAAUGAUAGGGAAAGAAUUGGUGAAGCUCGAGAAGAAUUGAACCGUAUGCUGGCUGAAGAUGAGCUCAGAGAUGCUGUUCUCCUUAUAUUCGCCAACAAACAGGAUCUCCCCAAUGCAAUGAAUGCUGCUGAGAUCACCGAUAAACUUGGCCUUCAUUCCCUUCGUAGUCGUAACUGGUACAUUCAAGCAACUUGUGCGACAAGUGGCGAUGGCCUUUACGAAGGUCUUGAUUGGCUUUCAAAUCAAUUGAAAAGUCAAAAGUGAGCGCAACAUCAAUUGAUAAAAACAAAACAAAAAUUAUGUAACUUUGAAUGAACUCAAAUGCGUGUUUAAUUAUGAAACGAAUUCCUUUGUUCCAUAAAAUUUCAUCACUUUCUUGAGUAACAACUGUCCAUUCAAUGUAACUUGACCUCUUUGUACCUCCCAUGUUAGCUGAUUCCUCUUUUUCCUUAUCAACAAGCUCUUGAAUAAACUUUUCCGUUUCACUGGAAAUUGUUUUAUUACCAAUUUCAGGGGAAACAAUGUAAACAUCAAA